CUUCUACCCGAUGUAUCGCCUGUCCUACCUCUACUACUCACUGGUGGCUUUGUUGGUAGUCUGCGCUGUUGGCUCCAUUGUCAGUUUCUUGACAGGUCCGGUGAAACCCGAGACCCUUGAUCCACGUCUGAUCUGUCCAUUGUUUGACAAGCUCUUCCCUUUCCUGCCGGAACGUGUUCUCAAACCUCUCCGAUUUGGCAUUGUUCAUAAAGGGAAAUACAGAAAAGCUGCAACUGAUCAUGAUCAGGAUGAAAACGUGGAGGACCUGAGCGACAAUGUUUUGCCUUUGACUAACAAGAUAGAAAGCACUGAUGACAACACUGAAGGGACAACUUGGAAUAGAAGAUUGUAGAAAUCCUAUAUGGGAUGUUCGUGAGUGCAAAUAACUUAGUUACCACGGAGUUCACAUGUUUGUGAAGAAGCGCCAAAUCUACAAAUACAUGUAACUGCAGUUUCGAAAGGAGGAACAUAAUGUUACUUUUUGAUAUACAAUCUAAUGUUCUCGUGAGAAACGGAUUUUUUGUCUAGCUGAAGAUAUUGAUGUACGUGACCAUACUUCAUGCACAUCAGUAGAAGGUGGAGUAGUUGUCAUCUUAGUUGUUUCGUGAUCCGCUGGUUUUUGCAAGAUGACUCACGUGUGAGUUUCAA